AGCAUGAUGCUGCAGCAUCCGGGUCUCUCUCUGGCCGACAUCAGCUGCUCCGCCCUCGUCCCCUGCCUGUCGCCGCCCGGCUCGCUCACCCUGGACGACUUCGCCGGCUUCUCGCCCAUCGUGAAGGACGAGCUGCGGACGGCCAUCCAGGCCAAGCGGCGGUCCAACGGGCUGAGCGCCGACGUCAGCUCGGACGGCGCCAGCUCCGGGUCGGACCGGGCCUCGGAGCCGCCGUCGGGCCGCGCCGGCCUCAAGAGAGAGCUGAUGACCGAGGAGCACGAGAGGCGGAAGAGGAGGAGAGAGAGGAACAAGAUCGCUGCUGCCAAAUGUCGCAACAAGAAGAAGGAGAAAACCGAGACUCUGCAGAAGGAGUCUGAGAAGCUGGAGAGCGUCAACGCGGAGCUGAAGCAGCAGAUCGAGGAGCUGAAGCAGCAGAAGCAGCAGCUGGUCUACAUGCUCAACCUGCAUCGCCCCACCUGCAUCGUCCCGAACGGCCAGACGCCCGAAGACGAGCGCCGCCUCUUCCUCACGGAGCUCCACAGCCUCACCGCCUCCUCCGCCGCCGCGCUGACGCUGGACGACAUUCGGUGUUCGGGUCAGCUAUGAUGGCGGCCGGCCGGCUUCCUGCAGACGCAGGAAGUGACCUCUGACCUUUCGGCCGGACGGACGGCUUCGCCGUCACACUUUCUGGCUCGUUUGACGUUCGACACGUUGAGACACUUUGGGCCACGAAGCACUGAAACCAAACGUCACUUUUAUUGUUAGUCUUUGCACCAGAGCGACUCGGAGGCGACCGGCGCCCCCUGCAGGCUGAUGGUGUGUAUGAAGAGAGACGGACGACGCGUUGCCGUGGCGACGCUGUAGCUCUGAUACCUGCUGCUGAAACCAGGAUGUUGGCUGAUCAGGAGGAAUCCAGUAAAUCUGAGCUCUGAUGGUUUAAUCUGCACAAAACGAAGUUUAUUUUCCAUAAACAUGAAUCUGAUCAACACGAAUCUGAUCAACAUGAAUCUGAUAAACAUGAAUCUGAUCAACAUGAAUCUGAUAAACAAACAUGAAUCUGAUAAACAUGAAUCUGAUAAACAUGAAUCUGAUAAACAUGAAUCUGAUAAACAAACAUGAAUCUGAUAAACAUGAAUCUGAUAAACAUGAAUCUGAUCAACAUGAAUCUGAUAAACAAACAUGAAUCUG